AUGAGUGCUGCCUUAACCUCAAAGAGCAGGUAUUACAGCCUGCUGCUGGACGGCAUGCCAGAUACCCAGAAAUACGCCGGCCUGGAUUGCGGCGUGGGGCGCUGCCGUGGCACUGCGCGUAAGAAGGAAAGGAGCUCCGGGUCGCGUGCACCCCGGUCCGUGGCCUGCGCAGCCACGCCAGCUGGGGGCAGGAAGCGCAUUCUGGUCAUGGGCGGCACGCGAUUUAUCGGAUGUUACCUUGUGGCGAAGCUGCGCGAAAUGGGACACAAAGAGCGCCUUCCUGGCGUCAGCGAUGCUGAGUACAAAAAGAUGUUGGAGGGCGUGACAGUUCUGCACGCCGAUCGCAAAAACCCGGACCAGUUGAAGGUGGCGGUAUCUUCAGCUGGCAAGUUCGAUGUGGUGUUUGACAACAAUGUGCGCAAGCUUGAAGACAUCCAGCCCUUAGUGAAGGGGCUCAAGGCAAGAGGCGGCUGCCAACAGUUCAUCAUGAUGUCCAGUGCGGGCGUCUACGGGCCGACCGAUGAUAAGCUUGCCUGCGAGAAGUACCUGGAUGAGAUGGGCAUGAACUGGACCUCCAUUCGGCCCGUCUACAUCUACGGCCCCCUGAACUACAAUCCUGUGGAGAGGUAUUUCUUUGAUCGCGUCACGCGAGGCAGGCCAGUCUGUGUCCCUUAUGGCGGAAAGUUCAUCACUCAGCUCGGUCACUGCGAAGACCUGGCCGACUUUAUGGCUAAGUGCGUCGGGAACGGCGCGGUGACACGUCAGGUGUACAAUGUUUCCAGCCAGGAGUACGUGACUUUCGAUGGUAUGGCCAAGCUCUGUUCGGAAGCAGCGGGCAUGGGUGAGCCAACGAUUGUUCACUACGACCCAAAGUCGAUCGAGGUGCCUGACGGCUUUCCGAAAGCCUUCCCUUUCCGCGGCAUGCAUUUCUUCGCGUCGAUCGAGAAGGCCAAGCGACAUAUGCCAUCCUGGAAGCCCAAGUAUAACAUGUUCGAAGGACUCAAGAGCUCUUACGAACAGGACUACCUGGCUCGCGGUUUCGACAAGAAAGAGCCUGAUUUCCGCACGGACGACCUGAUCUUGCAGAAGGUCGGAGCCCCUGCGCCUUCCGGCGGAGGCGGCUCCAUGAGCUCCUCCAGCGCCUCCGGCGCUUUGAAGCUUUCCUCAGGCUUCGAGUACGCGUACCAGCGCAACUCCUACGCAGACCUCGAAUAUGGCAACGAUAUAGGAUACCUGCCGGAUGGAACGGCGCUCAACACGGCAGGGAACUGCAUCAAUCAUCCCGAGACCAUCCAGCCGGAUCGUCACACCCCGGGCUCCCCGCUCCCCCGGGCAAACUUCACCAACGAUGUGGGCUACCUGCCGGACGGAACUCCUCUGAACAAAGCGGGCAACGCUAUCAACCAUCCG